UCGGCUGAUCAGACGCGAGUUCCACCGCGGCCGGCGCUCCCGGCUCCCGGCGCCGUGUCCGUUCAUUGCGCGGCGAGCCAUGCUGUGGGUGCUGGUGCUGCUGCUUCUGCUCCAGGCCCAGGUUGUGACAACCCCGGUGACCAAGUGUCAUGGAAAUAAGUACGCGUUGGGUCGUCUCUGCUGUGACCUCUGCCCACCUGGCCACCAUGUCAGUGCCGACUGUACCGAGAGCCAGGCCACACGGUGCAGUCCGUGCCCGCCCGGCACCUUCAUGGCUCAUCACAACCACGACACCCAGUGCCAGACCUGUGCCAAAUGCAGGGACGAUCAGGAGGUGGUGAAGAACUGCACCCCGACAAGUGACCAGCAAUGCCAAUGCAAGACCGGACAGUACUACUGCGACACUGAGAACUGCCCGGAGAGGUGCUAUCCCUGUACCAGGUGUCCCGGCGUCACCCGCCACCCAUGCACUGCCACACGGGACACUGUCUGUGCCACGGAACCCAGCCCAGCGCCAGGAAACCUGACCAGAAAUCCAGUCACCACUGACAGUGGUCUCGUUGUAGGGAUCCCCUGGUACUACAUGGUCAUCAUCAUCGUUUUUGUCACCUUCGUCGUCGGCUUCUGCCUCUUUAUCGCCUACUACUUUAGAAAACGAGGUGUGCAGCUUAUCCGGGAGGUGGUCCGUUGCUUUAAAACCAGGUCGGGGGAGCCAGGCAGCCAUGUCCGUUCACGGGAGAGCGUCCAGCCCAACGAGGACCCUGACAGCGGCCCACCAGCCCCCGGCGUGGAGACCACACCACUGAUGGAGGAGGGGGGCUCCGCCUUGGCUCCUGGGGCGCGGCCCUGCCCGGGGCCCUCUGACGACCCUGGGGAGGCAGUGGAGCCGAUGGUGGUGUCCAGAGGAAGCAAGACGACCCCACAGCUGGCGCCGCGGGCUUUUCCGAUGCCCACAGGUCCCUGAGCUGGGCCUCCCUUCGUCGCCUGGAGUAGGAAUAUAAACAAAAGUAUUUUUUGAAGGACGUGUCCUAUGAUGCCAUCAAUACGCUCUAUCAUGAAUUCAGACAGAAGCUUCCAGAACACGAUUGGAAGAUAUACAUGAACUUUGUCGGCACUGAGGAAAACGGCGCUGAGGUCUGUGAUCAUGACAACCCGGGGACUCUGACGGAACCGCAUCAUCAGAUAACUGUCUGCUUGAAGGAGGAUACGGGAAGGGAUGUGUUCCGACUCAUGGCCGUCUUCCACCAAAGGGGAUUACAUGAGCCUUUGCAAAAUAUUAUAAACAUGUUGAUUGCGGCAAAUAUCAUAGGUAGUCGCGCAGAGACCCCGAACUAGAAUAAAGGUUUUCAUCAUCCCUGGUGACGUCAUGCAGUGUCCUAACGGGAGGGUCGGAGCUGCUUGUUUUUUAUCCCGACUCGAGGACAUUUUUCAAUAUUUUGUUCAGAUAGAGUGGGCGGAAGAGAGAGAGACAAAC